GGGAGGGAUGGAUGGAUGACAUGCACUGCAGGAAGAAUAGAGAAACCCGAACCCCAUUCGCACGGGGGGAACGGAGGGAGGAGUGAGAGAAAGCAGGCGAGAGUCGCUUACAAGACGAGCAGCCAUUAUACUGAAGUGCAAGGAGAAAAGCGCGGAAGAUCCAGCGGCCACUGGCGAGGCAGGAGCACACGAACAACGGGGACAGACGAGCCGGGCGCAGGAUACGAUUACCUCUGAUUUCGGAAGGAACCAAACGGCCAGCCCCCAAAGACCGCCCUCCCCAGCACACACGUAUACACACACACACACACACACACACUUCAGGAUCGCGUAUCUAGCAGGCAAACACACACACACACACAUUCGCCGGCUGGAAGAAAGGACUUUAAACACACGACAAGCGAUGCGCCACAAGGUGGAUUGUCCGUGUGAAUACGCUUGACUGAGGAAAACAAGUCGUCUUCGUCAAGGUUGUCCUAGACUGAAUUCUGAGCCGUGGAUGAAACUUCAUCCGCAGUGGAGGUAGAGCCGAGUCGGAGCGGAGACCCAGAUCCCCGCGCUGCGCUGGAUUACUGCGGCCACCAUGGCUGGAUUCAUGCCGGGCUUACUGCCCACAAACCAUUCGCAGGAAAAGGAGUUCGCUAAGGCAUACGAGGACGUUCUGGAGAGAUACAAAGACGAGCGAGACAGGGUACAGAAGAAAACCUUCACCAAAUGGGUCAACAAGCACCUCAUCAAGGUGCGGAAGCACAUCACAGACCUGUACGAGGAUCUAAGAGAUGGUCACAAUCUCAUAUCCUUGCUGGAGGUGCUGUCUGGAGUCACGCUGCACAAGGGCGGUUCUACUCUACGGAAAAAGUGUGUGUCUCGUGCCCCUCCACUCAUCUUGCUGGGUGGGGAGGAAGAGGAAGAUGGAGCUCAGGGACCCAGAGAAAAGGGUCGCAUGCGAUUCCAUCGACUCCAAAAUGUGCAGAUUGCCUUGGACUUCCUCAAACAGAGACAGGUCAAAUUAGUCAAUAUUCGAAAUGAUGACAUCACAGAUGGAAACCCAAAGCUAACUCUAGGCCUGAUCUGGACCAUCAUACUCCAUUUCCAGAUCUCUGAGAUUUAUGUGAGUGGGGAGUCUGGGGACCUGACUGCUAAGGAGAAGCUACUGUUGUGGACACAGCAGGCCACUGAGGGCUACCCCGGUCUGCGCUGUGUCAACUUCUCUUCCAGCUGGAGCGAUGGCCGUAUGUUCAAUGCCCUGCUGCACAGAUACAGGCCAGAUCUUAUUGACAUGGAGGUGGUGGCACAGCAGACUAACCGGGAAAACCUGGAGCAAGCAUUUGAGAUUGCGGAAUCACUUGGGGUAACACGACUUCUGGACGCAGAAGAUGUGGACGUGCCAUCACCAGAUGAGAAAUCGGUCAUCACCUACGUGUCCUCAAUUUAUGAUGCCUUUCCCAAAAUUCCAGAGGGAGGAGAGGGCAUCACACCACACGAGGUUGACCAGCGUUGGGCAGAGUACCAGUCUCGUUUCUCCUCUUUGCUUCAGUGGACGAGGCAGCACACGGCCCUCAUGGCCAACAAGGGCUUCCCUCAGAAUCCUGUGGAGCUCAAGGCACUUUAUAACGAGUAUAUCCACUUUAAAGAAACAGAGAUUCCUGCUAAGGAGUUAGAGAAAGGCCACAUCAAACACCUUUACAAGCUGCUGGAGGUAUGGAUAGAGUUUGGCCGAAUCAAGCUACCCCAGGGUCUGCACCCUAACGACCUGGAGGAGGAGUGGGGUAAACUGAUCCUGGAGAUGUUAGAAAGAGAGAAAGCACUGCGACCUGCUGUGGAGAGGCUGGAGUUGCUCCUGCAAAUGGCUAAUAAGUUUCAGAAUAUGGCUGUGGACUGUGAAGAGAAGCUUACGCUGGCCAAGAACACACUGCAGGCGGACAUGUCACACCUAGAGAGUGGCGAGCCAGCACGGUGCGAGCAGGAGCUGGGCGCAUACAUGCAGGACUGUGAGGCUCUGGUCCGCCAACUGCACCUGGACCUGCAGGUCCUCCGAGAUGAGAAAUACUACCAAGUAGAACAGCUGGCCUUCAGAGUGACACGUCUGCAGGAGGAGCUGGUCUCCCUGCGGCUGCAGUGCUCCAGUGUGUACAGGAAAGGCCACUUCUCGUCCGGAGGGCUGCUGGGAGAGCAAACUGCUCAGAGGGGCUCUGCAGGCAGCCUGGCAACACUUGGAGCCCAGACACUGCUGGGGGCAAUUGGUGCAGUGGCAACCCUGAUUAGACGCCCAAUGUCCCGUUCAGACCUGGUAGCCAUGUCAUCGUCGGAGGAUGAAGGAAGUUUACGGUUUAUCUAUGAGCUUCUGGGAUGGGUGGAGGAGACGCAGGAGCUGCUGGAGAGAGCUGAGUGGGGCUCAGACCUGCCUUCUGUAGAACAACACUUGCAGGAUCACCAUACCAUCCACACUACAGUUGAGGAGUUGCUCCACAGCCUGAAAGAGGCCCGCAGUUAUGAGCCAAGGGUCUCUCCAAACUUCCGAAGCAGUUAUUCUGAAACCUUGGCCAAGCUGGAGAACCAGUACUGCAAACUGCUUGAGCAUUCGUCAUGGCGACUGCGUUGCCUGGAGAGCCUACGAGCCUUUGUGUCUCAUUGCACUGAGGAGCUCAUCUGGCUGAAUGAAAAGGAAGAAGAAGAGCUGGCCUUCGACUGGAGUGAGAACAACACCAACAUGACUGCUAAGAGAGAGCAGUAUGCUGAAAUGAGGUCCGAGUUGGAGGAAAAACAGGAAGUGAUGCGGUCCUUGCAGGAAACAGCUGAUCAGCUGUGUCAGGAUAACCACCCAGCCAAACAGACCGUAGAGGCCUACAGUGCUGCCUUGCAGACACAGUGGCAGUGGGUCAGACAACUAUGUAUUUGUGUGGAGCAGCACCUCAAGGACAACACUGCCUACUUUCUGUUCAUGAGUGAUGCGCGAGAGUGUGAGACAUACUUGCGGCAGCUUCAAGACACCAUUAAAAGGCAAUACACAUCUGACAAAAACAGCAGACUAGGCAAACUGGAGGACCUGCUGCAAGACUCUAUGGAAGAGAAGGAGCAGCUGAUUGAGUACCGUAGUUCAGUGGCCAGCCUGGUAGGGCGGGCAAAGACAGUGGUCCAGCUCCGCCCACGCAGCGCUGACUGCAUUCUAGGUACCACCACGCCCAUUCGUGCCAUUUGCGACUACAGACAGAUAGAGGCCAACUCUCAGAUCACAGUCAGUAAAGGAGAAGAGUGUGUGUUGGAGGAUAACUCUCAGAGGACGAAGUGGAAGAUCAUCAGUCCCACAGGAAAUGAGGCUAUGGUACCUUCAGUGUGCUUCACCGUUCCACCCCCUAACAAGGAAGCCAUUGACACUGCAAACAGAAUGGAGCAGCUGUAUCAGAAUGUAAUGUCAUUAUGGCAUCAGUUGCAUAUGAACAUGAAGAGUGUUGUAACUUGGCACUAUCUGCAGAAAGACAUCAACAUCAUCUCGUCUUGGACCCUGGAUACAGUGCGCUCCCAGUCUCUGUCUGAGAGGCAACAGGCCCUGGAGAACCUGGACACCCACUUGACUGACUUCCUGGCAGACAGUAACGAGAGCACCCUCUUCACACCAUCCGAGAGACGAGAGCUUGAAAAAGAGGUAGAGAACUGCCGCCAGCACUGCCAAGCCCUGCUGAUCUCCAUGGAGACAGUGGAAAAGGAUGAAUCGAUAUCUCGCUCAUACCUCUCAGAGCUGCAGAGCAUUAAGUCUCACCUGCAGGAAGCAGAGCAGAGGCUGAUGAGGGGCAUGCAGGCUUCACCCCCCAGUGGCCUGUCAGGAGAUGGUGCAGACACUGCUAUUCAUAUAGCAGAACAAGAGAAACUACAACAGGAUCUAAAAGGUUUGCAGUCAGAUCUGGGCAGCGUGUCCCGUCGAUGUGUUAGCUUCUUUGAGGAGAAGCCCACCUCUUCCAGUGUGCCUGUGCUUCGCUCAGAGCUCAAUCUGGCUGUGGAGCAAAUAGAGAGACUCAACUCAUUGUCCUCUGUCUAUCUGCACAAGUUAAAAACAGUAGACGUGUUGAUGAGAAGCUUACAAGUGGCCGAGUCUCAGGUGAAGAAGUAUGAGGGUCGGCUGAGUGAGGAGGACAUUGUUCCUGCUGAUACCGCUGCCAUCCAGGCCUUGAGAGAACAGCUCAAGAAAUGGCAUUUAGAGCUUGAAGAGCAGGAUCACAUCUUCCAGUCUUUGAGUUUGGAGAUGCAGCGGGCACGGGAGGCAGGCACCCAGCUCAGCCAGCUGCAUUCUGAUCGUAGCCCCGAGCUUGACCGCUACCAAGAGAAAGCCCACCAACUCACAGAGAGGUGGAAUGGAGUGCGCAGACAAAUGGAAACACGGCUAUCUGAUCUGGAGAUGCUAGGAUCAGUGCUGCAGCAAUACAGAGAGGGUCAUUCUGCCCUGAUCUGUUGGAUUGAAGAGACCACCGCGAAGCAGGAAAACACCCAACCUGAGCAGACAGACAGCAAAGCAUUGUCUGAGCAGCUUUCCCAGCAAACGGCUUUGGUGGCUGAGAUUGAGCAGAACCAAGUCAAACUGGAUGAAUGCCAGACCCACUCUAAACACUACUGCACUGCUGUCAAAGACUAUGAACUGCAGCUCAUGACCUUUAGAGCUUUUGUGGAAUCAACCCAGAAGUCUCCUGUGAAACGACGGAGGAUGCAUUCUUCAUCUGACGCCAUAACACAAGAAUUCAUGGAUCUGCGCACACGUUACACAGCUCUGGUGACUUUGACUACUCAACAUGUCAAGUAUAUCAGUGAUGCACUGCGGAGACUUGAAGAAGAAGAGAAACAGGUUGAGGAGGAGAGACAGGCCCGGGUGGGAGAAGUCUCUGAGCUUCUAGGCUGGGUUAAGGGUCUCCAGGAGAGAGCUGCAAGACCAGCUGAGUCAUCACUUGCUGCACAGCAGGCAAUAAAUGAGCAGUUAGCUUCUAAAAAAGAAGAAAUCGCAGAAGCUAUCAGGAGCACACAGGUCUUCCUUCUAUCAAAACAGGCCAGCAAAUUGUCCGCUGAAGAGCGUGCCCAAGUGACAUCACAGCUGGAUGAACUGACUGCUACCUACAAACAACUAUGUGACAGUUCUGCUGCUCAGCUACAACAGCUAGAGGAACAACUGGCCAAAGAGGAAAAGCGAAAGGAUCACAAGACCAUCGCUGGAGUAAUUGAUCUUGAAACUAUGGAGACCUUUCCAGUUUUCCAGUCAGCACGUCGUGGCCUUAUAGACCAGGACACAUGCCGUGUGCUGUUGGAGGCACAGCUUGUCAUGGGUGGUCUGUUACAACCUGACUCCCCUCAGAGCCUCUCAUUAGAAGAGAGUCUUGCCACUGGUCUAAUUGACAACUGUACCUACCAGUCACUAUUAGAACUAGAGACUGCCCUUCAUCUUGUCCAGCAGUUCCAACUUUCAAAGAGUCAGUUUAUACCAGUUGCUGCUGCUGUGGAGAUGGGUCACAUAAAAGAGCAAGUUGCACUUCGUAUUCUGGAGCUGCAGUUGAACACAGGAGGACUCCAAGAUGUUUCAAGUAAUGAAACUCUCAAUCUUGAAAAUGCUAUGCAGAAAGGCUUUCUCUCAGUUGCUGUUUACAAUAAGUUACGUUCCCGCCUUGAUCGCAGGGAGCUCAUUGAUCCGAAUACAGCUGAAAAGCUAAAUCUGUCUGAGUUCCAUCAACGAUGUUUUUUGAAUCAGGAGACCGGAUUGCGUCUGCUGCCAGUCAAUCAGCAGUCAAGGGGAACGGUCUGUUUACGAUCAGGCAGAAAGGUAAGCGUUUUCCGUGCGGUCCAAGAGGGACUCAUUGACCAGCAAGUCACUAUUCGACUUCUGGAGGCUCAGCUGUUUGCAGGAGGCAUCACUGAUCCUCGCUCAGGGCAUCGGCUAACAGUAGAUGAGGCUGUGCGACUUGGCCUUAUGGAUCAGGACCUGGCCUGUGCCUUAUUGACUCACCAGUUACAGGCAGGAGGGAUAAUAGACCCAGCCAGUGGAGAACGCCUGGAAUUAAAUGAAGCUAUCCAAAGGGAGCUUUUAUCUCCACGGAUGGCCCUACGGGUGCUGGAAUCUCUGUGGACUUUUAUGGGCAUGAUAUGGCCAGAGUCAGGGGAACUACUUUCGAUCUCCGAUGCUCUGCAGCAAGGUGUUGUUUCAGGGGAGCUUGCCUGGAAAGUCCUAAGCAAACGUCAUUUUGUUGGUGCAGUUUACUGUCCAGAAAGUGGUCAAGUGGUUCCUCUGGCCUGUGCUGAGAAGAUACUUGGAACAGAAGUCGUGGAGGUCCUUGAAAAGACAAGGGUACCAGAUGCUCUGCCUGCCAUGAUUCAGACAGGUUCUUUAAAUGUUAAUCGCUUGGGCUCUUCUUCAUCACCAUCACUCUCUUCACCUGCUUUCUCACCCCCACAACUUCAUGAUGUCACUUCCUUUUUAGAGGGAGUUGGAUCAGAGGAGCAGGUCAACUAUCGCCUCCUCUCUUACUUGAUGACGCACAGCUACAUUAGUGCCUGUUCAGGAGAGCGUCUAGUCCUGUUGGAGCCUGAACUGAUAGAGCUUAUUUGUCAACCAACGAAAGACCAGAGCAGACCUGAACCGCAGUCGGGAGAGCCUGAUUUUAGUGUGCCAUUCAUUGAAACAGAGCAAAGAAAUCUUACAGAGGAACAUGAAAGAGAUGUUACUGAUAAUGCUGUUUGUGAAACUAAAAAAGUAAAAAGUCCCCUAAAAGAAGAUGCAGCUUAUGAAGAAAAAAGCAGCACUGACAGAAACUUGGUAAAGCACUCAGAUAACGGCUUAGAAUUAGCAGAGACAAUACCUGAAAUCCAGACACUACCUCCAUUUAUAAAGCAGGUGAGCAUUUUACCAACAGAUUCUGUUUUGGACUUGUUUACUACAGAGGUAAAAGAAAUAAAGAGGGAAGAAACAGUACUGGGCCUAACUGACCCAGGGCCUCUCAGCGUUGAGAUGCCUAAAUUAAAUCAGUGCUUGCUUGAGGAAAAAGUAGAAACUGCACCAUCUAAGAAUAAACGGUUAGGCAUAAGGACAGAAAACACUGCUGCUGAUAUUUCAUUUGAAGAUGCUGCAGAAGAAAGCCAGGAUGGUCAAGCGAACAAGAAUGACAGAUUAGACAAGACUAACGUACUGAGUAUUGCCAGCGAAGGUCUACAAGUCAAGAAAAUUGAAGUCACAGAUAUCUCAGAUCAAAUGGACACAAACAGAAAUACAGAGACAACUGACUCUUCAAAAAUUCCAAAGACCAUAUCCAUGGAACUAAGUGAUGAAGAUGCAGAGCUUGAGGACAUGGCAAAGCAGUUCUUGCAAAGUGGUCUUUUAACUGAUGGAGCCCAGAAGUUGCUUCUGGAUAAGGCUGUAUCCCAGGGUCUGCUCCCAGGUCACACUGCUGUCAAAGUAAUGUCGAGGGCAGGGCUGUUUGGUGGUUUCCUGGAUGUGAGUGCUUGUAAGUCACUGAGCAUUGAGGAUGUAAUGCAAGAAGGCUUGCUAGAUGAAGACUUAAUGACCCGUGUUCUUCAGUCAGAAAAGACUUUGGCUGGUGUGAUUGAUGUCAAACAUGGUCAGAUAUACUCAUUAAAGGAUGCUGCUCAGACAGGACUUUUGGACCCAGACACAGUAGCUCGGCUCCUGGAGGCUCAGGUUGUUUCUGGGGGAAUUGUUGACCUUCGUAGGGGUGAGAAAGUUUCUGUUACCCUUGCAGCAAAUCUUGGGCUAAUAGAAGAGGCCCAAAAGGAAGAUCUGCUUGCAGUGGAAAAGUCAUGCCACGGAAAAAGUUCUGAUCCAUAUGCGUCACAUACAAAAUUAACACUACAGCUACAGAUGGAUGGUGUGGUGGAUCCCAAAACAAAACAGCCUCUGCCUCUUCAACAAGCCAUUCAAAAAGGCAUCAUUGGUCACAAAGAAGCCCAGCAGAUCCUAAUGCAGCAGGUGGCUCAAGGUGGAAUUGUGCAUCAUGGCUCUGGCGUUCGUCUCACUGUUGCUGAUUCAGUACAACAAGGCCUUAUUGACAAAUCAUUUGUCCAAAAGCUGGAAGACUUUGAGAAGUCUUGUCAGAGGCAGGAACAAUUUAGUUCAGAUCCAAACAGUGUUUCUGUUCAGGCAUCUGUAGGCUUCAUUUGUGAUGCAGUUUCAAAAAGUAGACUUACGUUGACUGAAGCUGUUUCACAUGGUUUCAUUGAUGAAGACACUGCAAACAAAGCUAUGGCCUCUCCCAAUGUAAGAAGUGGUGUUUUGGACCCUCACAGUGCUUGUAUUGUACCUUACUCAGAGCUUAUUAACCAGGGAAAGAUUGACAUUGAGACAGGUCGGCGAUUCCUUGAAGUUAGGCCCUUCAGAGGUGUUCCACACAAACAAAAUGGUGGCAUGAUGACUUUGCCAGAAGCAGUAAAGACUGGUCAAGUUGAUCCUGUUCCAGCACUCAGAGUAUUGCAAAGCCAGGCAGAUUCUGGGGGAAUAAUCAAUAUUUCAAAUGGCAAGAGGCUAACCAUUCCAGAGGCUGUUGACAAAGGCCUCAUUGAAAACGAUAUUGCCAGGGUUAUUGCUACAAACCAGAUAGUGAAAGGUGGAUUGAUUAACCCUAGCAGUGGUCACAGGGUGUCAGAUCUUAAGAAGGCUGUGCAGGAAGGGCUCAUCUCUAGAGAAAUGGCUGCGGAACUUCAGGAUAAUUUUGGCCCUGUGGAUGAACCAAAUUAUAAGGAGGAAGGCACUAAGACAGUGGGUCCCUCAACAAGUAGAAUGUGUAGUCCUCUUGUGUCAAAUCAAGCCAGCCCUUCAAACAGCCAACAUGAAAGCACAGAAGUGAGCGCAGCACAUCUUUCAGAAUCAGAGAAGGCUCACUGUAUGAUUACAGAGGUUCUGGAGGCGCCUCAGCCUGAGAAAACACUGCUUCUUCAGCACUAUGCGCCAUCUGAAAUGGAGGAACAAACGCAUAAGGUUAUUUCAUCAAGUGAUUUGGAGAUAAACACUGAUGCAUCAUUGGAAGUACUGACUCAUUUUGCCCUAAAAACAGAAAAAAGGUUGCAGCAGGCCAUUGAAGACUUUGGCCCUGAAAUACAUAAAGAACUGCAGCAUCAGCUAAGUCAAGUUCAGAUUCCACAGUUGUCUGAGACAGAAUUUGAAAUUGGGAAGAAAUAUGACACCACACCCACACCUGACCAUACCCCAGAGUCAGACAGCCAAAUGCUGCCAGAAGUUGAACUAGCACCCACUAAAACACGCACAAAGCUGGAAAACUAUGAGAAAAGUAGCUACAGGGUUGCCCCAGACACCACGCAUACAAUACAUGAUGGACAAGCCCCAUAUUUAGAGGAAACAAAUGGACAGUUUUCUAAGGCUGCAGAACAACAGUCUUUUUCAUAUGCAAAGGCAAUUUGUGAAAGUAAACAGAAUGUUGAAAAUAGAAAGAACAUAGCUUUAUUUACAACAGAAGAGGGACAGAAGAUACAAGAGAAAAAGAGAGGAGACGGGAAAUAUAUGAAGCAAGCCAGAAAAGGUACAGAAAGAGAUGAAAGUUUGGAGGUUAAGUCUCUGGAUAUGAAUGCGACAUCGCUUUCAGAGGGUACGGAGAUGAAGAACGGAAAAGAAUUUUUGGACAUUCAUGAAGAAUCUUUUAAAGAAGGUGCAAAUCUACAGAAAGAGGGAAUGGCAGAGUUGGAAGAUGGAAAAAGUGCAAAAGUGAAUUUAUCACUUGUGGAUGUGGAGAAUGAAAUCUUAAAAGAUGUUCCAGAUAUUGAUCAUGAAGAGGUCCAAGCAGAUCUGGAGGUUGGAGAAUUGAGUGUUGUAACACCUCCAGAGGACACUGAGAACAAGAGCGUAAGAGUAAUGGCAGGCUUUGAUCAAAAACCUGUGGAAGACAUGAAAGAGAAAAAGGUUGAAGUACGGUUGGAGGGUCUGACAUCUCAAGAUGUGAGUGUGGCCUCAGUUGUGAAGGACACUGAGAACAAGACUGGAAAUGAAGUUCUUGGCAUUGAUAAAAUAUCAGCUGAUGGAAAGGAUGAUAUUAAAGAAUAUCUGAAGGUUCAACAGCCUCCAGAUUUGAGUGUGACUUCACCUAUAGAGAGCACUGAGAAUAAGUCUCAAAAAGAAGCUGCUGGCACUGACCAAAAAACUGAAGAAUAUGGGAAAUUAGAGCAAGAGGACAAAUUACAUUGGAAGGUUCUGAGGCCUCAAGAUAUGAAUUUAGUUCCACCAGUAGAGGGCACUGACAAUAGGAUGAGAAAUAAAAUUGGAGUUCUUGAUGAAAAAUCUAUUGAUGUCAAAGUAGAUUUGGUUGUUCUACAGCCUCCAGAUUUGAGCACGACUUCCCUCGUAGAGAACGUUGAAUGCAAGUCUGGAAAAGAAGCUGUUGAUCAGGAAUCUGAAGUGAAAUUAGAGAAAAAGGACAAAUUAGAUUCUGAGGUUCUACUGGUUCCAGGUAUGAGUAUAGUUCCACUUGUAGAGGGCACUGGGAAGACUGGAAAGAAAAUUGAAGUCACUGAUGAAAGGUCUGUUGAAGAUGUGAGAGAGAGAGAGGUCAAAGUAGAUCUAGUGGGUCAAAAGCCUCCAGAUUGGAGCAUGACUUCCCUUGUAGUGGGCAUUGAGAACAAGUCUGGAAAAGAAACUGUUGAUCAGGAAUCUGAUGUAAAAUUAAAGAAAAAGGACAAAUUAGAUUUGGAGGUUCUGCUGGUUCCAGAUAUCAGUGUUGUUCCAUCUGUAGAGGGCACUGAGAAGGCAGGGAAGAAAGUUGCAGUCACUGAUGAAAAAUCUGUUGAAGAUGUGAGAGAGAGAGAAGUCAAAGUAGAUCUAGAUUCGAGCAUGACUUCCCUUGUAGUGGGCAUUGAGAACAAGUCUGAAAAAGAAGCUUUUGAUCAGGAAUCUGAUGUAAAAUUAGAGAAAAAGGACAAAUUAGAUUUGGAGGUUCUGCUGGUUCCAGAUAUGAGCAUAGUUCCAUCUGUAGAGGGCACUGAGAAGACAGGGAAAAAGGCUGUAGUCACUGAUGAAAAAUAUACUGAAGAUUUGAAAGUAGAGAGAGCGGCUGAAGUACAAUUAGAGAGUAGACCAGAUCAGAGAGAUGCUUUGUCUGUAGUGGGAGCAGAGUAUGAAACUGGUAAAUAUGUUUUAGACAGUGAACAGACAUCUAUUGAAAGAAAUGAGAAAAUGGAGAAAGUAGUCAAAGUAGAGUUGACAGGAGCUCCUGAAAUAAGUUAUAGUAUUGAAGCUUUCCCUGGGGGUCUGCAGCAGAGAGAUGUUAUGGAGGACGUAGUUGUGAGUCUCCAGAAGCAACCGACUAAAGAUGGAAAAACGAGUCUUGGAGCAGAGAUGGCAAAGGAAGAACCUGCAAGUCUGCAGGAUGACCACAGCAACCUAGAUCACGAACUACUCAGCAAAAUGCAACACCAAGUCAUAAAUGAGACAAGACCAGAGUAUGAUAAAGAAGUGGAUGUUUCUGAAGUUCAUGUUCCAGAGCAAACAGAUAAGAAGAGGAAAAAGAAAAAGAAGAAUAAAAAGCCCAAGCAAAUGUUGCAGUCUAUGGCAAAUGCUGAAAAGGAAGCAGAGGAAAACACUGAUGUUGUCACAACUCAAAGUGAGAAACUAGAUGUAGUAGAAACAGAACAGAUGGAACAGCCUCAAAAACUUAACCAAGCACAGCUGGAGAAGGAGGCACUUCUGAUGAAGGCCAAGCAAAGCAUUCUUAAGAAAGUCUUUGAGCGGGGAGUCACUGAGAAACAGGCUGCUGAAGAAUUAGAAGCAUUGCGUCAAGGGUCUGGUAAAGAACGUCAUGUGGCCACUUGUCAGAAACCCAACAAAGGGCAGGAUAGUUCAACAUUUCCCACAAGGGAAAAGGAUGGAACACAUCAGAAACUGCAAGUAAAUGUGAAUGAAAAGUUAGUGGCAAGUGAUGUUUUACCUGGGACUAACUCUAAACAAAAUUAUUUCAGUCAAACAGCCCCUGACAUCUCCCAUCUGAGAUCUUCUGUACCUGUGACUCAGCCUGCAUCAGACUUUUCCAAAAAGCAAGACCUAAGCACUAAAGAAACCUCUCAUGUUGUUGCUAUGGACACAAGUAAGCAAAGACUAACUCACAUUGAUUUAGAUGAGAAAGUUGGAGAGAGAACAACAGAAGAGGCUAAACAUGAGUCACUUUGGAGAAGAAGUGAAAAGCUAGCAAUAAAAACAUCUGAAGUAAGUGAGCACCUAUGCCCUGCUCUUGAUGAGGGCUAUGAAAAUACUAAAUCAGAUUUCACAGAAUCUGUGCCUCCAGUCACAUUUGCUAAGGAACCUGCUGCUGUACUACCAAUUGAAUUUACCAAGAAUGAAGCUGAGAAGCCGAGGUUAAUAACACUGGAAGUCAAUGAGCAGUCAUAUACCACACUUUCUGAGGGCAAGUCUGUGCCUCCCAUCAAAUUAGAUAAGGAUUCUCCUGCUUUACCACAGAGUGACGUUGAUAUACAAACCUCUAAAACAGAAGCAAACGCAAUCAGCACUGAGCUUCUGCAAGACAUAGUUAAGGAUUACCCCUAUGUGGACAGUGAGGCUAAAGAUGAAGCUUCCCUACAAGAGUCCACAGAGUCAGGGCUGUCACAGUCAGAAGACAUCCCAGAGUCAGAUGUAACAGAGCAAGAAGAAGAGGAAGAAGAAGAAUAUGAAAGUGUAGAUAAAAAACAGGUUGAUGAUCCUAAGAAAAAACAGGGUACCACCCCACAGAUAAGCAAGUCCUCUUUGGCCCGCCAAGAGUGCCUAGAGCAUGACCAGAAAAUUCUGGCACUCCUCUCUAUGGUGAGACACACCGAGGUAUGUCUUAAACAGCAGCAGCAACAGUCCAUAGGCCGGAGUCUUAUCGCACUUGAUGACGUCAUUAAACAAACAGAGACUCUAGCUCUGGAGCUUUGUGAUUUGGAGCCACAAGUAAACAAGGAGCUUGAAGCAUCUAGACAGCUUCUGGGGUCCCACCUUGAAGAUGUCCCACCCCAGUUGCUCAUGGCCCUGGAAAAGGAUGGCCGCAGUUUGUCUCGUGCAUUUUAUGCUGCACGAGAACUUUCCCAGAGUGUUCUGCAGGGAAUGAAAUCACACCGUGAUGCACAUAAAGUGGCCGUGAGUAGUGAACUGCAAUCUUUGGGUGGCCAAGUGGACAAUCUUCUUGCCUGGCUUAAGCAGACUGAAGCUCAGAUGGAGCAACAUACAAAGGAAGAAAAGAUGAGAGAGAACGAGAGCAGGACAUUAGUGCAACUUGCUCAAAGACUGCAGCAAUGCAAGGAGUUAGAAGAGCAUCUCACAGCACGCUCCAGUGAUGUGAGCACUGUGGCAUUUGACAUCCAGGUGUUUAUCUCAGAGCGUGCACAGGAUCUAGAACCAGAGCAGAGCAGACAUCUGUUGAGGAAGCUGCAGCAGCUGCAGAGGGCCUUUCACCAGGCCACAGGCCGCGCUCAUGCCAGGGCCGAAGCCCUUUCAGUCCAGCAAGCCAGAGAGGAGGAGCGUGAACAGAAAGAGAGAGAACAGGAGGAAAGAGAGAGGGAGAAAGAGAAACAGACUGCUAUGAAGAAAGAGGUGGUGCAGCGGCAGAAGGAAGAAUGCUCGCAGAAACUUGAAGGCCUCACCAUGUGGCUGGCUGGUGCAGCUGGUCUGCUGGCCAGUCAGAGAACAGGAGCCGAUUCGGGUGAUGUGGGCAUGCUUCAGCAGAAACAGAGUGAGCUUAAGGAGGUGCAGAAGGAUCUUCAAGCCAAAGGUGAUGUAGUGAUGGAGACAAUACGGUCAGUGGAAGAUGUCCUGGCUGAACAUGGUGAUGAUCUGAGCCAAGGAGAGCGGGCCAAUUUGCAGCAGACGCUAUCACGCUUAAAGGAGCAAUACAGCACCCUCACAGAAACAGCCCAGUCCUCACUGGCACAACUGGACACAGCCAUCAGCACAACACUCCAGCAAAACACACAGAAGGCUAAAGCAGAGGAGGAGCUACAGGAGACUCAGGGAAAAAUAGACAUGCUUCUUGAAGAGUUGUCAUCAUUGGACACGUCCAAGAGGAAGUCUCUUGGGGAAACUGUUCCAGAUAGUCCCUUUGCUUUCGCACCAGAGGGCGCUCUGAAUUUGCACAGUGACAUGCUGAAGGCUGAGCUGAAGCAUUUACAAACCCAGCAGGCUCACCUCCUACAAGUGGCCCAGUCCACACGGUGUUUGCUGGAACAGCCUGACUCCAGUGUGCCCCUAGAGGAGAAGCAGCGUCUGCGUGUCAGGCUAGACCAGCUACAGAGCCAACACCAGGAGUGCCUCCAGAGUUGCCAGGAAAAAUUGAGGCGGACAGAAUCCCUCCGAGAUGACCUCACCAAGUUCCUCCAAGAGCAUGGGACCCUAGGGACAUGGCUGGAGCAGAGUGAGCAGGGUCUCUCUUCCUUGGGGCAGGGAGAAGCUGAUGCGCAGGCUCUGAGAGGCAGACUAGAAGAGCACAAAAAGCUGGCAGAAGAUGUGAUCUGCCAUAAGGCAGACUUGCGCUUCGUGUCCAUCUCUGGUCAGAAGGUCCUGGACUCUGUUCAAGGGGCUUUAGAGAGGAUGGGUGGCACUGACCCAGCACUGGAGGACAUAAGGCAGCUGGUGAACGACAAGCUACAAGAUGCCACACAUCGCUACAGUUCACUGCAAAACAAGUCUGUAAAUCUUGGUACCCAUCUCUCCACUCUACUGGAUCGGUACCAACAGUACCAGGAUGAGGCUAGUGCUCUGGACUCAUGGUUGAAUGCUCAGGAGCAAAACCAGAGCAUAUUUAAACCCAGUGGAGAGAAGACUGAUACACAGACACUACAGAAUACACUGAAUGCUGUAAAGCAUCUACAGGAUGAGCUGGCGGAGCGCUCAAUGCAGCUGGAGAAGGUGAAGAAAGCAGGGAAAGUGCUCACCAGUACCCAUGAGUCUCCCACUCUCAAAGCAACAGACAUCAGCACUACCACAGAUGCGCUUGAGAGUCGGCUUGGAGCUCUGUCAGAGCGUGUCUCUCAGCGGGCUGAGCAACUCCAGACUGCUGUUGCUCAGUCUGUCAGCGUUCAAGAGGGGCUCAAAGCUUUGCUGGGCUGGCUGGAUGGCCUAGCAUUAACUCCUGGGCCGGUACAGCCUACUGCCCAAGCAGUGCAGGAUGCCCUCACCCAAAAUCAGAAACUGCGGCAGGAGUUGUUAUCACGGCAAGGCAGCGUAGAUGCUACUCGUGACUCUGUGUCCAAGCUCGUGAAAUCUGCGGAUGCAUCAACAGUCUCUGGACUGCAGGGGGCACUGCAGGACCUUACACAGCGCUACACAACAGCCCAGACCAAGCAGGCUGAGAAUGAGGCAGAACUGCGGGGAGUUCUGCCCAAGCUGGAGAGCUUUGAGCGUUUGAGCAUGGACCUCCACAGCUUCACACAGAGCCGAGAGAGAGCGCUGAGUCUAGGGGGCCAGCCAGAGCAUAGCAUAGAGGACUAUAGACACACUGUAGAGGAGGUGAAAUCAGAGCUUUCACAGGAAGCAAGUCAGCUGAAGUCAUUUGUGGAGCUUGGUACAGACCUGAGCCAGUCUAGGGUACUUGCCAGUGCACACAGCCUUCUGGACUCAACCAAAGAGGUGUCUGAGGAGUUUGCCAAACUAGAAGCCAGUGUCAAUGAGAAGUUGAGUGCCAUCCAGAGCUGUGAGCUGCAACUCUCAGAGUUCCGCUCACUGUCUGGCUCCCUCCUCAGGUGGCUGCAGACAGUGCAGGAGCAGCUGCCUGCUAAAGAGCCAAGCCUGAACACCGAUGGCCUUCAGAGAAGGGUGCAGCAGCUCAAGGACCUGCUGAGUGAAUGGGAAUCCCAGAGCAGCCGGGUUCAGGAGCUGAACAAGAGCAGUUCAGAACUAGAGAGUCUGAUCAUCGAUAUCACAGCUUCACGCAACAAUACUGGUGUUUCCCAGCUCAAUGGUGCCGGCAGCUCCAGCAGUGUCAAUGGCAUUCACACCUGCAAAGACCUGACUGAGAUCCAGGUAGCGGUGGCAGAAGUGAACAGCAGGUAUGAGCAGCUGGGUGGGAAUCUGCAGGAGAGGCAGGGUAGGCAGCAGGUGUCUCUGGAACUGCGCCUGAAGGCCAGGCAGGACACUGAGACUCUUCUGCAGUGGUUGGGCCCUCGUGAGCAGAGUCUGACCCGGGGACAGACUGCCUCACCCUCACGGCCCGAGGUGGUUCAGGCCCAGGCCCGGGAGAACAAGGCCUUGCUAUCUGAACUCACAGAGCAUUCUGGGAAGGUGGAGGAUCUGAAGAACACCCUGAAGCAGCUGAUAACAGAAAACCCAGAUUCCCCAGAAGCAGAGACCUGGAAACAACAGCUCAAAGACAUAGACUCUCGGUGGGAGAAAGCAAAUAAGACUGCAGCUCAGAGGCAGACCGAAUUGGAGACAUGUGCUGACAGGCUGGGCAGCUUUGCAUCAGCAGCGGGUCAACUAGGUCCCUGGCUGCGAGAGAAGGAGCUGAUGAUGAGUGUGCUUGGUCCCUUGAGCAUUGACCCAAACAUGCUCAACACUCAGAAACAACAAGUACAGUUCAUGCUACGUGAGUUUGAGACGCGGCGUCCACAGUUUGACCAGCUGAUCCAGGCUGCUGAGGGCAUCCUCUCUCCUACAGGGGAACACGGAUCCGGGGAUGGUCAUGACCUGGUGGAGGUGCAGCAGGAGCUGGCCGACAUCACCCGGCAGUGGGAUGAUCUGACUUCUCGGCUCUCUGAACGCUCAGAGCAGAUCGACCAGGCACAAGGGACCAGUGAGCGCUUCCAGACUCUGCUGAGGGAACUCUCCAUGAGUGCGGCUGAUCUGGCUGAGAGACUAGAUGCCCAGGCCUCCUUGAGCGCCCAGCCUGAGGCCCUGCGCCGCAGGCUGCAGGAGACAGGGGAGAUCCGAGCUGAGUUGGAGCAGAGGAAAGGCCAGCUGGCCAAGGCUGAGGAGCUGUGUGCAGAGCUAAGUGCCAUUGUAGCAGAGCCUUACCUUCGAGAGGAGCUACACAAGAGACUUGAGAGUGUCAGUGGCCCACUCAACAGCCUAGAGGAAAGAGCAGCGGAUGGCUUGUCCCAACUACAGUCUGCUCUCUCAAGCACACAACAGUUCCAGCAGAUGUUUGAGGAGCUUCGUAGCUGGUUGGAUGGACAAGCUGGUGAGCGUACAGGCAGUGUGUCUGAUCCCCUCCCCUGCCAGCCAGAAGCUCUGCAGACCCUGCUGACCCAGCAAGAGGAGCUCCUGAGAGGGGUUGCACAACAGCGUGGGUCGUACGAGCUCAUCCAGGCUGAAGGUGCAUCUCUCCUGGGAUCACUGCCCACUGGAGAUGAGCGCUCAGCCCUUCAGGCCCGGCUGACUACCCUUCGGCAGGACUGGGAGGGCCUGAAUCAGCGCCUUAGUGAGAGGCAGGCACGUGUGAAAGAGACACUGUCCCGCGCUGAACAGUAUAAGCAACAUCGGGACGAGCUGGCUCCGUGGGUGACUGAGUGUGAGAAGAGAGAGACAGAGAUCCUGCCCUCUCUCGAUGCUGCUGCCCUGGAGGAUGCCUUGCAGAAGGCCAAGCAGCUAGGCUUGGACUUAGAUCGCCGUCGUCCCCUGCUGGAGGCUCUGAAUUUAGCAGCAGACCAGUUGCUGGAGCAGAGCAGGACUGGUGAGGAGGAGGUGAGGGACGAGAAAGCCCAGUUGAACCGCAGGGUGGAUAGCCUCUCCGAGAAAUUACAUGGGCGCACUGCACAGCUGGAGGAGUUGGGCAACAGACUGAGGGAAUUUGAAGAAGGCAGGCAGGCAGUAGAGAGGAGGCUAGAGGCAGCCAAGCAUCAGCUGGAGGUCCAGGAAGCGCUGGGCCCACAGGCCUGCAGCAACAAGAGCCUGGAGCGGCUACGCAGCCAGCAGGAGAUGCUGAACUCGCUGCAGCCACAGGUGGUGUAUCUGCGGGAUCUAGCCCAGGGGCUAGUGCAGGACAUGCCAAAGGCAGCAGAGGAGAGCGGAGAGGGAGCACAGCGACUGGUGCGACAGGUCCGUGACACAGAGAGAGAAUUAGAGGAGGUCACUGAUAAGAUUGAGCAGUGCUGCUCGUCCUUGGAGUCUCGCCUGCAGGGUGUGGGGGAGGUCCAGUCCCGCGUCCGCGAUGUCUUCUCUCGACUGGCUGACUUGGAUGACGAGCUCGACAGCCUGAGCCCUGUUGGACGGGAUGCGGACUCCCUGGCCUCGCAGGCCGAGGCAGUGAAGGGCUUCCUAGGCCGGCUGGCCACCCUCCGUGCUGAGCUGGAGGGCCACGGGGGCGAGUGCACCACCAUGCUGCGCAGAGAAGGCAGCUCUCCAGAUCUGUUGGCCCUCAGAAGGGAGACAGAGGCGUUGAGCCGUCAGGCAGCAAAGCUAGCCGAACGGGGCCAGGGCCGACUGUCUCUCAUAGAAGCAGCUGAGGAGCGGGUGAGGGAGUUCUAUGCCCGCCUCAUGGAACUGCAGGGGCUGUUGGACCAGGCAGAGGAAGGAGUAAACGCGCAGGGAGUUGUGGGAACAGAAGUGGACGUCAUCAAACAACAGCUUCAGGAGUUCAAGGCUGUGGAGCGAGAGCAGAUAGACUCCAUCCAACCUAAGCUACAGCAUGUAAAUGCUGUGGGUCAGGGGCUGAUCCAGAGUGCAGCCAAACACACAGACACGCAAGCCCUGGAGCAUGACCUGGAGACCACUAACCUGCGCUGGAACUCCCUCAACAAGAGGGUUGCUGAAAGAAUCGCUCAGUUGCAGGAAGCCUUAUUACAUUGUGGGAAAUUCCAAGAUGCUCUGGAGCCACUGCUGAGCUGGCUGAGUGACACAGAAGAGCUGAUAGCCAAUCAGAAGCCACCGUCCGCUGAGUACCGUGUGGUUAAAGCACAAAUUCAAGAACAGAAGUUGCUGCAGCGGUUGCUGGAUGACCGACGGGGGACUGUAGAGAUGAUCAUGGUGGAGGGAGAGCGCAUCGCUGCCACAGCAGAGUCACAAGACAGGGAUAAGAUCCAGAAGCAGCUGCAGAGCCUAGGAGAGCGGUGGACAGACAUAUUGGAGAAGGCCAGUGGCAGGCAACGGCAGCUAGAGGAGCUGCAGGUGCUGGCUCUGCAGUUCCAUGAGACAGUGGAGCCUCUGGGAGAGUGGCUGAGUGCCACAGAGAGACGCCUGAGCUCCGCUGAGCCUAUGGGAACACAGACCUCCAAAAUCACCCAGCAGAUCAGCCGCCACAAGGCCCUCCAAGAGGAGGUUCUCUCUCGGGGAGCGGAGGUGGACCAUCUUGAGGCUCUUGGCCAAUCACUAUCCCCCCUUAGCUGUGCGGCAGAUCGUGAUUGGCUGAGUGAGCGUGUAGGGGCGAUGCGCAAUGGGCAUUCUGAGCUGCGUGAUUGGUGCACUCGCCGGGAGGCCAUGCUGGAGCAGGCCCUGGCCAACGCACAGCUGUUUGGGGAGGAGGAGGUGGAGGUGCUGAAUUGGCUGGCUGAAGUGGCCCAGCGACUUGCUGAAGUCUCAGUGCAGAGCUACCAGCCUGAGCUGCUGGCUGAGCAGCACAAACACACUCUGUCUCUGAAUGAGGAGAUUGUAAGCAGGAAGAAGACAGUGGACCAGGCCAUUAAAAAUGGACAGUCUUUGCUGAAACAGACAACAGGUGAGGAGGUGCUGCUCAUCCAGGAGAAGCUAGAUGGCAUAAAGAGCCGUUAUGCAGAGAUGACAGCAGGCAGCAGCAAGGCCCUUCGCACCCUGGAGCAGGCAUUGCAGCUCGCUACUAGAUUUGCCAGUGCUCAUGAGGACCUCAACCAGUGGCUGGAUUCUGUGGAGGCAGAGCUUAACAAUGUGGAGCCAGACACAACACCAGCCUAUCAGGAUAGACAGAAGGAGCUAAAGUGCGUAUCUGCUGAGAAGCGUCUGGUUCUGGACACUGUCAAUGAGGUGGGCAGUGCUCUGCUGGACCUGGUGCCGUGGCGUGCCCGUGAGGGCCUGGACCGCCUGGUUGCUGAUGCCAACCAGAGAUACCGACAGGCUGAUGAGACCAUCACACAGAGAGUGCAACUUGUGCAGGCAGCCAUCCAGAGGUCUCAGCAGUAUGAAGAGGCAGUGGAUGCGGAACUGGCCUGGGUGGGGGAGACGGAGAGGAAAUUGGCGUCUCUGGGGCCUCUCAGUCUGGAGCCUGAUGUGACUGUGGCUCAGCUCCAGGUCCAGAGGGCCUUCAACAUUGACAUCAUCCGCCACAAGGAUACAGUGGACCAGCUCCUCAACACACGAGAGGAUAUCCUGGAGAGCUGUAGCGAGCAGCAGAGAGAGGCACUCAAGGUAAAAACAGACUCACUGAGUGCUCACUAUGAGGCAGUCAGUCAGAACCAUGCUGAGCGCUUUUCAGCUCUGGAACAGGCUCAGGUGCUGGUGGCCCGUUUCUGGGAGACCUGCGAGGAGCUGGAGCCCUGGCUGGGCGAGACUGAAACCUUCAUCUCCCAGCUGCCCCCUCCAGCCAUUGAUACAGAAGCCCUCAGACAGCAGCAGGAUCAAAUGAGGCUUCUGAGAGAGUCUAUAGCUGAGCACAAGCCUCAUAUCGACAAGCUGCUAAAGAUUGGCCCACAGCUAGCAGAGCUGAGUGCCCAGGAGGGAACAACGGUGAGGCAGCGAUACAGCGGUGCUGAGAGACGCUACCUGGCCAUAAAGGAGGAGGUCAAAAAUCGAGCUACAGCACUGGACGAGGCAUUCUCACAGUCAGCACAGCUGGUGGAGUUCCAUGAUAAGAUGGACCCCCUGCUGGAGACGCUUGAGGGUGCGGUGCAGCGCUUGAGGCAGCCACCUCCCGUGGCAGCAGAGGUGGAAAAGAUCCGUGAGCAACUGGCUGAGCACCGGGCGGCUGGACUGGAACUAGACAAGCUGUUGCCCUCCUUCAGUGCCCUCUGUUCCCGCGGAGAAGAGCUUAUCACUCGUGCACCGCAUGAUGACCCUGCUGCCCAGGCGGUGCGGUCCCGACUCCUAAGGCUCCGCUCUCUGUGGGAUGAGAUCAGGCAGAGGGCUGAGGAGAGAGAGGGAAAGCUGCAAGAUGUCCUAGACUUAGCUGGAAAGUUCUGGUCCGAUAUGGCGGCCCUGCUGAGUACACUAAGAGACUCCCAGGAAAUUGUGAAAGAACUGGAGGACCCUGGAGUGGACCCUUCACUCAUCAAACAGCAGAUAGAGGCAGCAGAGGCCAUUAAAGCGGAGACAGACGGCCUGAGAGAGGAACUGGAGAUUGUACGCACGCUGGGAGCAGACCUAAUCUUUGCUUGUGGAGAGACAGAGAAACCUGAGGUGAAAAAGACCAUUGAUGAGAUGAAUGCUGCAUGGGAAGGCCUGAACCGAACAUGGAGAGAGAGGAUGGAGAAGCUAGAGGAGGCUAUGACAGCCUCUGUGCAGUACCAGGAUGCUCUGCAGGGCAUGUUUGACUACCUGGACAAUGCUGUCAUCAAACUGUGUGACAUGCCAGCCAUAGGGACUGACCUCAGCACUGUCAAACAACAGAUUGAGGAGCUCAAGCAAUACAAGGUGGAAGUGUACCAACAACAGAUUGACAUGGAGAAGCUUUGCCACCAGGGGGAGCUGCUGCUCAAGAAGGUCACUGACCAAACUGACAGGGACAUGAUCCAAGAGCCUCUCACUGAGCUCAGACACCUGUGGGAUAACCUGGGAGACAAGAUCACUCUCAGACAGCACAAAUUGGAGGGAGCUCUGCUAGCCUUGGGUCAGUUCCAGCAUGCCCUUUCUGAGCUGCAGUCCUGGCUCAGCCACACCCACGCCACCCUGGACACCCAGCGACCCAUCAGUUCUGAUCCCAAAGCCAUUGAAAUUGAGCUGGCCAAACACCAUGUGUUGCGGAAUGAUGUGCUCUCCCAUCGAGCCACCGUGGAGACAGUGAACAGUGCAGGCUCAGAGCUGCUGGAUUCUAGCCCUGGAGACGAAGCCAGCCACCUGAGAGACCAGCUGGAUGAACUGAACCGCAGCUGGGACAGCGUGCUCCUGAAGACCGAGGAGAGGCAGAAACUACUGGAGGCUGCUCUGCAGCAGGCGGAGGGUUUCCAUGGCGAACUGGAGGAGUUCCUGCAGUGGCUGAGGCGCACAGAGAGUCAGCUGUCUGCUGCCAAACCCACAGGUGGCCUGCCUGAGACAGCCAGGGAGCAGCUGCAGCAGCACAUGGAGCUGCAGCUCCAGUUAACCCAACGUGGUGAGCAGUACCACCGCCUUCUAGAUCAGGGGGAGUCGAUGCUGCUAGCAAGAGGUGGAGAGGAGGCCGGCCCGGGAACCACCCAGACCCAGCAGAACCUGGCCCUGCUCCAAAACAAGUGGGCCAGCCUGAACACAAAGAUGGAUGACAGGAGGGCUAAGCUGGAGGAGGCUGUCUCGCUGGCCACAGGGUUCCAGUCAUCUCUGCAGGACACCAUUAACUGGCUGACACAGGCUGAGCAGACCCUUAACAUGGCCCAGCCACCCAGCCUCAUCCUCGAUACUGUCCUCUUCCAGAUAGAUGAGCACAAGGUUUUUGUGAAUGAGGUGAACACUCACAGGGAACAGGUGUUGGCUCUAGAGAAGGUGGGCUCCCAGCUGCGCUUUGCCAGUCUUAAACAGGACGUAGUGCUUAUCAAGAACCUGCUGCUGAGCGUGCAGGCUCGCUGGGACAAGCUGGUUCAAAGGUCUCUAGACAGGGGACGACACCUUGACGAGGCCCGGAAGAGAGCCAAACAGUUUCACGAGGCUUGGAGGAAGCUGACUGACUGGUUGGAGGAGGCCGAGAGUAGGCUAGACUCUGAGCUGGAGAUUUCCAAUGAGCCUGACAAAAUCAAAGUGCAGCUAGCAAAACAUAAGGAGUUUCAGAAGGCUCUUGGCUCCAAGCAGCCAGUGUAUGACACUACAGUGCGCUCUGGGAAGGCUAUGAGAGACAAGGCCACACUCCCAGCUGACACUCAAAAACUGGACAACCUCUUGGGUGAGGUCCGUGACAGGUGGGACACCGUGUGUGGGAAGAGUGUAGAGAGGCAACACAAGCUGGAGGAGGCUCUGCUGUUCUCAGGUCAGUUUGCCGAGGCCCUGCAGGCUCUGGUGGACUGGCUGUAUCGUGUGGAGCCCCAGCUGGCUGAGGACCAACCAGUCCAUGGAGACCUGGACCUAGUCUCAAACCUCAUGGACUCACAUAAGGCCUUCCAGAAGGAGCUUGGGAAGAGGACCAGCAGUGUGCAGGCUCUGAAGCGCUCUGCCCGGGAGCUCAUGGAGACAGGCCGGGAUGACACUGCCUGGGUCAAAGUUCAACUACAAGAGCUCAGCAACCGCUGGGACACAGUGUGUGCACUGUCUGUGACUAAACAAACCCGCCUCCAGCAGGCUCUCAAACAGGCUGAGGAGUUCCGCACAGCAGUGCAAAUGUUAUUGGAAUGGCUCUCGGAGGCAGAGCAAACCCUGCGUUUCCGGGGUGUCCUGCCAGAAGAAGCGGAGACUCUCCAGGAGUUACUGCACACUCACCGAGACUUUAUGCAGACUGUGGAGGAAAAGAGAGUAGAUGUGAACAAAGCAGCCGGCAUGGGGGAGGCCAUACUAGCGGUGUGCCAUCCUGACUGCAUCACCACCAUCAAACACUGGAUCACCAUUAUCAGGGCACGCUUUGAAGAGGUUCUAACGUGGGCGAAGCAGCACGAGCAGCGGCUGGAAGGAGCUCUCACCGAACUACUCAACAAUGCAGCACUGUUGGAGGAGCUGUUGUCGUGGCUACAGUGGGCAGAGACUACGUUAGUGCAGCGUGACACAGAGCCCCUCCCCCAGGACAUCCCUCAACUGAAAACGCUAAUCACAGAACACCAGGUGUUCAUGGAGGAAAUGACUCGUAAGCAGCCUGAUGUGGACAAAGUAACAAAGACAUAUAAGAGGAAACCAGCAGAGCCUGCCAGCGGCCUGGCUGAGAGACGGGGUGCACGUAAGCAACAGCAGCAGCAGCAGCAACAACAGCAUGCUGUUCAGGUAACUGGAGGAAACCCCCGCCUCACCCAGCUCUGCUCCCGCUGGCAACAAGUGUGGCUGCUGGCCCUGGACCGGCAGCGCAAGCUCUACGAUGCCCUUGACAGGCUGGAAGAGCUGAAAGAGUUUGCCAACUUUGACUUUGAUGUGUGGAGAAAGAAGUACAUGCGCUGGAUGAACCAUAAGAAGUCCCGUGUAAUGGACUUCUUUAGACGCAUCGACAAGGACCAGGAUGGCAAAAUCACUCGGCAGGAAUUUAUUGAUGGCAUCCUGGCCUCAAAAUUCCCCACCAGCAAACUAGAAAUGAGUGCAGUGGCUGACAUCUUUGACCGUGACGGAGAUGGUUACAUAGAUUAUUACGAGUUUGUGGCAGCUCUGCACCCCAACAAGGAUGCUUACAGACCCACUACAGAUGCAGAUAAGAUUGAAGAUGAGGUCACCAGACAAGUAGCCCAGUGUAAGUGUGCCAAGAGGUUCCAGGUGGAGCAGAUUGGAGAGAAUAAAUACAGGUUCUUCCUUGGGAACCAGUUCGGGGACUCGCAGCAGCUGCGCCUGGUGCGGAUCCUGCGCAGCACAGUCAUGGUGCGUGUUGGAGGGGGCUGGAUGGCCCUGGACGAGUUCCUGGUCAAGAACGACCCUUGCAGAGUGCAACAUCCAGGACUUAAAAUCCUUCGCUCCGACUCCAGCAGCUCCAUAUCAUCUCGUAUAGCCCGGGGACGUACCAACCUGGAGCUGCGGGAGAAGUUCAUUCUUCCAGAAGGAGCCUCACAAGGGCUGGCGGCAUUCCGUUCACGUGGCAGGCGCUCCAAGCCUUCCUCCCGAACGGCCUCGCCCACCCGCUCCUCUUCCUCAGCUUCCCAGAGUGCCCAGAGCUGCACCUCACUGCCCUCCGCCCCUGCCACACCCACUGCCUCCUCCAGGUCCUCCCAAUCUCACUCGCGGGGCUAUGCCAAGCCCUGGCUGGCACACAGUAAAACUCCAACUCCAACCAAGUGCCAGUCCGGCCCAGAGCACAGCCACACCCCUGGGCACGAGGGAGGCUCCACUUCCAAGAUUAAAAGGCCGACUUUCCAUUCCAGCCGUGGCUCUCUGACAGGAGAGAACGGUGGUGCCACACCUGCUGCUAAACCUGGACGUUCUGACAAUAAGCGAACUCCCACCUCGGCUAGCGGGCCCACCAGUCGAGCAGGCAGCCGUGCCGGAAGCCGGGCCAGCAGCCGGAGGGGCAGUGACGCCUCAGACGCCUCAGAACUGAUGGAGACACGUUCGGCCUGCUCAGACACCUCAGAUACACCACGCCGACCUGGGGCCAAAGCCUCCAAAAUCCCCACGAUGAAGAAGACCCCAAGCCCCAAGACACCAGCGGGCAAGAAGUAGAGCCUUCAUCUUCAUGGCAUCAAACUCUCUGAGGUGGUGGAGAUGGGGCAGAGGAACUUGAUGCUGCACCUCUCUUCUCUCUUCCACAUGCACAUACACCGACUCUCUACGCAUGCCAGCCAGCCAGUGUGCCCACCUCCAGCACAGGCACAUGGUUACUGACCAGACCAGAGGAGACCUGGAGCUUCAGUAACCAAGUCCAGUCUGUCCAGGCUCAAGCUCUCUCCUCUGAGCAGCUCGCAAUACAGCUGGACACUGCUGACCCUUGAACCAUCACCCACUCCUCUCACUUAACAACCAUAAUGAUGCUGCCUUAUUUGUGUUACACAUUUCUGUCCUUAAUUUUGACUGACUUCUUGGGUUUUUUGAACGUGUGACUGAGCUGUACACCAGCUGUGUGAACUCUACAUGUACACACAACUUCAAGUUCCCAUUUGGACGCAUGAAGUUGCACCAACUCACUGGAACUGGGGGUGGGGGUGGGGGUUCAUCUCAGAAUCCUCAAUAUGCAACGGCUUACCCACUCCAUAGUGCUGAGACUGGAAGAUGGUAUAGCCUCAGUUCCAGUACAGAUUCUCAUAGGCACACACAUUACACUAGGAUUUAUUUGAAUAAGCCAGUGGAAAAACUUUCACCCCUCUUUGCUAUAUGCAAAACUCCUGGCCUUUUGCCCAGGUGUGAGUGUUUUACUUUUGAGGGGAAAAUAAAGCCCAAGCGUCUACUCUAGAACCUCACAACCUCUUCUACACCUAAAGCAUGUUGGAAUUUUGUGUGUGCGUGUCUGUGUGUGUGUGUGUGUGUGUGUGUAUGUGUGUGUGGUUUGUGUGGUAGUUUCUUUCAUGGUGAACUAACUUAAUAACAAAUAGAGGAAGUGGUGGAAGAUUCAUUGCUCUGGCCUUGCCAUUAAGUCAGACGCUUGGCCAUUUUGACCACACCGCCCUGUGAGGCCACAACUUCCCUGUUGUCACAACAAACUGACAUCAUUUAAUGUCCAGGUGUUUCUUUCUAUAAAGUCGUUUGACAAACAUGGGAAAUCCUAAAUCCUGAAAGCACUUAAGUGACUCAUAUAGCAGAUAAGAAGUUCACAAGUGUGCACUGACUGACAUUCUCCUUCAAUGUAAUUCCACCCCCUCCCUCCUUGCUGCCCUAAAGCUCAUGCAGUCAUAGAUGUGUUUUAACCAUGCUCAGUACAUGUUACAGAUACUAUGUUACACAGAUCUUUUAGUUGCUUCACAGUAUGCAAAAACUAAAAAAAAUUGUGAAUGUUUCAUGGUUAAUUUAUAACCCUAAUGUAUUUUUGGUUUUGUUUUGUUUCUUUUCUAGUGAAAAAAUGUGUAUUUAUUUUUCAUUACAGUAUCAUAUCACCUUCUGGGAAAAACUAGUAUUAGAAUAAGUCCGAUAACAAUGAUUUUCUUUGUGCUUUUUGUGUUUCCGCUUCUGUUAUAACAAUUUUUCCUGACGAUCAUUUCUGAUGUAACGGACCAGGAAGCUGACUGAUUCCAAUGGUGGCCUUUUUGCCAGUGACUACAGCCUCUAGAUCAUGUCAAAAAUGGCUUCCCAUUUUGUCUAAUGUUGGAAGCUCUUAGAAAAAUGGAUUAUGGGGAUAUAUAAACAUACCCCCCUUUAAAUGGCGCUUUGAAUAGUCUUGUCUUUGACAAGUUGAAGUAUGUGAAUACCUAAUGAAAGUGAAAUCGGAAGGUGAUUUUUAUUUAUUUAUUGUGUCAGGGGGAGGGAGGGGGUAAGGGCUAUAAAAUGGAUUCACCUUUUGAGUCUGUGCAACUCUCUCAGUAUGAUGAAGAGGAAAAAGUCUGGGGUGCAAUUGUGUAAAAGUAAAAAAAAGUUAAGAUUAUAAAUCCUUUUUUGUUCUCUUUUGUAUUAAAAUAAUGCUUGCAGUAA